AUGAAUCCCUCAAGUCAAGCCGAUCAAGGGCCAAGCCCGGAAUCAUCGGGAACUGAACCACGCCGGUCAGGCUCUGUCAAGCGAGCGCGUCAGUUGCUGGAAGCUGGAGUACGACCAACACAAGCAGCACCACCAGUCUCAAGACCACCGCCUCCUCCACCAGUUAGGAAGGCUGCUCACCAGACACAGUGGCCACUCCCAGCCUCAGGCCUAGAGCCUCAGCCGCUCAACCCCCAAAACCCGCGCUUCAUGGCGCCUCGAGGGCCCCCGCCACUUAGGCCCCCACGCCCUAGUGAAAUGCCUAUGCAAAUCCCCUCGCCAUCGAUCUACUCUGUACGAAGUGGCGAAGGCUCUGCGCCCAGUGUAGCCCUUUAUGCAAACCCGUAUCCUUACCCAACACGGGGGGCGAGAUCAUUUUCGCUUCCAAACCCGCACAACCAGCUGCAGCCGCCGCGCCCGUUGACCAGCGAUGGCUCCGCCAGUCCGACAAGUACCGUGGGUGGGACUUCUCGCAUGUCGAUUACAACGGACGACCUUUUUAGGCACUCAACUUACUCUCUUUCUUCGUCGUCCGGUUUGGCUCCGGUUCUGCCUCGGGAGCCACCUUUACCACCAGCUCAACCACGACGCCCACCUGCUGGUUUGAAUGUGAUUCCUGCAGGCUCACGGCGAAGUCGAGCUCGUGCGUCUUCUGUGUCCCCGAUUAUAGAGGAAAUUCCCGACCCCCGCCAUACACUGGGAUCUUUCGCCUCCAGUCGAGCGAUGCCAUAUAGCUGGGGAUCUGGGCCCGGUGCAUCGGAGAUCCUGGAAGGAUACCUCGACGACGAGUCUUCCGAGGAGGAAGAGGAAGAGGAGACUGGUAAAAACGAACAUGAAGAAGAGGCGAACCCAGUGCGAAGUGUCAGCGUUGGCAAGAGGCAGAAGCCGACGAUGCGCACGAUCAUGAAGUCGAAUCCGCCCUCCGAAGUGUCAAUUCCUGAUAUGCCUGAUAUCACAACUGUGCGCGCAGCAGAGGAGUCCAGUCGGGCUAUUGCAGCAGGAACAGCUGCGACAGGAAAACUUAGGGUAGUGAAUGCAACCCCCACAACAAUUCGCACACCCAGCCCGGUGCGUCGGGGAUCGAUCUCUUCGCUGUCUGGAGAAUCUUGCGUCGACCCUGAGAAGCCCCGUUUCGCAAGGCAGGAGGAUCAUACGUACCGUGGUGCCCUGGAAAAAGAACUCGAGGGCCUACCUCAGGCUGCGCCAACGUUGAGUGACAAGAGGCCGAAUGGUCGCAAGCCUCCGCGUCUGGACAUGAAUGCUGUGCGGGUUGCGGAGUCCCGUGGAAGUCUUUCGAGCUUGUCAGAUCUCAUUCGACGUGCGACUCGACUGGCUUCGAAUCUGGACCACGGGAAGACCGCCAGCCGAUCUGACCUCGUGGCUGCAGGUGCAGACUUUAGAGAGCUAGGACAUCGGGGACGCAACUCCGGAUCUCUGUCCGAUAUCCUGGCAUCAUUCCCAAACCCGACUCCCGAUGGACACAGCUCCUGGCCCGUGUUCUUCGGUCGUUCUAAUCUACGUAAUGUCGAGCCUCUCGCUUCUCAUGACGACACCCCCGAGACCCCAAAGGCCAAGCGUCAAUGCUGUGGUAUGCCCCGAAAGUGGUUCAUCAUCCUCUGCAUCGUCAUCUUCGUCGUCGUCGUUCUUGCAAUUCUGCUCCCGGUCUUCUUGGUCGCUGUGCCCAACGAGAACGCAGCCGAUAAAUCCUGCGCGCACACAACACCGUGCCACAACGGCGGUGUCAGUGUAUCGAGCGGCUCCGAAUGUUCCUGCGUAUGCUCAGAUGGAUAUACAGGUGUCCAGUGCAGCAUUCUGGGAGACAGCACCUGCGUCUCAGCAGAAGUUGACAACGGUAGCAUCAGCAAGAACGCGACGAUGGGUAGCUCCAUCCCCACUUUACUGGAUCAGUCAGACUCGAAGUUCGGCAUCGAACUUGACGCCAUCACCAUCAUGGCUCUCUUCAGCCUGAGCAAUGUUACCUGUCAGACCGAGAACGACCUGGUCGCCUUCAGCAAGGUGAAGCGCGGUAGCAGCGACAAUGCGCGUCGCGCCAUUACACUCCCAGUCGAAAAUGGAACCGAAACCGAAACCGAAACUUCAGAUAUCCACGACGAAACGACAACCGAAACCCCUUCUCUGUUGGUUGGUUCAACAGGUGUUUCGCACGUGAUGCAUGCGCGCGCAACGGCCACCGCCAAUGGUAUCUAUUACGAUAGUGGGAAUGCCCGGUCUGCGUCCACCGAGACUGACUCCACCGCGACCACCACCAGUUCACCCACGGCAACCGGGACCGGAACCACAUCUACAGCCUCUGCCACGGCCACCAGCGUCCCCUCAGGCGUCGUGGAGUUCUCGCAGGUGGCGGUACUUUACAUUCUAGAAAAGACCGGGUCGUUUGACUUGGCGCAGCAAUCGGAGUCUGAGAUCCAGACGUACCUGAUUGAUGAGUACAAUUCGGCGGCACACCCGGCUGUGGAAAUCUUAGGAUGGUAUGGAUUAGACUUUGCCAACAAGACAAUCACCACAGGGUGA